AUGUAUGUUGCAAUAUUUGUGUGCCUUGCUACAAAAGCAAUUCACUUAGAAAUUGUCUCAGACUUAUCUUCGGAAGCAUUAAUUGCUACCCUAAAGAGAUUUUUCGCUAGGAGAGGGAAAAGCUCAACCAUAUUUAGCGAUAACGCUACAAACUUUCGUGGAGCUCGAAAUGUAUUAAGCAAGCUGUUUAAAUUAGCCAAAGUACCAGAACAAGGGUUAUCCGACUAUUUGUUAUCAGAGGAGAUUGAGUGGAAAUUUUUACCUCCUAGAGCACCGCAUUUUGGUGGGCUUUGGGAGGCAGGUCAAUCGAGUUUGACACAGCACAAAAUUGAUACAGGGGAUCAUUCACCAAUCCAGCAAUAUCGAAGACGUCUACCGAUUGCUAAACAGGAAGAGGUAAGAAAACUUCUAAAGGACAUGCAAGAAAGCUAUGUUAUCAAGCCUUCAGCAAAUCCUUGUUCCAUAGUUCUGACCAGAAAGAAAGCCAAUUCAACUAGAUUUCGCGUUGACGUGUUGAAAGGUGUUACGAAGAAAGACAGCUACCGUCUUCCUGGAAUUGACGAUAUUCUUGACAUUCUUUCCGGAGGAAAGUGA